AUGCAGAACCAUAGUGCCGUGUCUGAGUUUGUCCUCAUGGGCUUCUCCACCUCCCCCCACCUUCGGCUGAUGUUCGUCCCGCUGUUCUUGCUGAUGUACCUGUUCACGCUGCUGGGGAACCUGUUCAUCAUGGCCACCAUCUGGAGAGAGCGCAGUCUCCACACGCCCAUGUACCUCUUCCUGUGUGCCCUCUCCAUCUCUGAGAUCCUGUAUACCUUCGCCAUCAUCCCACGUAUGCUGACUGACCUGCUCUCUACCCACCACACCAUCGCCCUCGUGGCCUGUGCCAGCCAGAUGUUCUUCUCUUUCACGUUUGGUUUCACCCACUCCUUCCUGCUCACCGUUAUGGGCUAUGACCGCUAUGUGGCCAUCUGCCAUCCCCUACGCUACAACGUCCUCAUGAGCCCCCAGGGCUGUACCUGCCUGGUGGUCUUGUCCUCAGCUGGGGGCUCCGUCAUAGGGAUGGUGGUGACAGUGGCCAUUUUCAACCUCACUUUCUGUGGACCUAAUGAGGUCCACCAUUUUUUAUGUCAUGUGCCACCACUAUUGAAGUUGGCCUGUGGAGAUAAUGUUCCAGCUGUGGCCAUGGGUGUUGGCUUGGUGUGUAUUACAGCCCUACUGGGUUGCUUUCUCCUCAUCCUCCUCUCCUAUGCCUUCAUUGUGGCUGCCAUCUUGAAAAUCCCCUCUGCUGAGGGUAGGCACAAAGCCUUCUCCACCUGCGCAUCCCACCUUAUUGUGGUCGUUGUGCACUAUGGCUUCGCCUCUGUUAUUUACCUCAAGCCUAAGGGUCUCCACUCAGAGGAAGGUGACACCCUGAUGGCCACCACCUACACGGUCCUCACACCUUUCAUCAGCCCUAUUAUCUUCAGCCUUAGGAACAAGGAACUGAAGAAUGCCAUGAACAAGAACGUCCUCAGCAAACUCUAUCCUUCUAGAACUUGA